GCGACUUGUAUUGUCAAAAUAUGUUUCUGCGUCCGACCAUGGUUAAGAGAAAAACUUUUGAUUCCAUUCCAGAUGAUCUCAUUAUCGAGAUAUUCUCGAGAUUGUCUACAAAAUCAAUCGGUAGGUGUCGUUGCGUGUCGAAGCUAUGGGCGUUCAUACUGUACCGUCAUGAUUUCACCGAGUUGUUUCUAACCAAGUCCUCGGCUCGUCCACGUGUCUUAUUUGUGGUCAGCCAACGCCUUGAUUGGAGCUUUUACUCAACGCCUCAGCCUCAGAAUCCAUAUGAGAAGUCUUCUCUUGUAGUAGCCGCCACUGAUUUUCAUACCAACUUCUCUAAAGGCUUAAGCGAUAUCGAUUGUAGCUAUGCCUCUGGAUUUAUCUAUUUUCGUAAUUUUCAUAUCCCAAGGGAAGAUGAAGAUGCAAAGCGUGUGAUGUGUAACCCUCUCACAGGAAAGUAUGUUAUCUUACCUAAACUUGGAGAUAUUUCAAGGCAUAGCUAUUUAGGGUUUGAUCCUCUUUACAAGGAAUUUAAGGUAUUGGUCAUUAGUGUUUCUUAUUCAAGUGUUAUUCAUUAUAUCUUAACACUGGGAACUGAGGAACUGAGGUGGAGGACGAUCCAGUGUCCUUUUAAACAUCUGCCUUGUGGGAAAAAUAUUUGCAUCCAUGGGGUUUUGUAUUACUCAGCUCAAGUUGAUCAAGGUGAUCAAGGUUAUUAUGAUGAUGUGAUAGUUUGCUUUGAUGUUAGGUAUGAGAAAUUCAAGUACAUAGGCUUAGAAUGCUGUUUUGAUGGAUUGAUAAACUAUAAGGGGAAAUUAGGUGGGAUUAACAUUGAGGAGAAUUUUGCUCCUUAUCUUGUUGAGUUGAGUAUGUGGGUUCUAGGGGAUGUUGAUAAACAGGAAUGGUCGAAAUAUGCCUACACUUUGUGGGAUGAGAGUAAUGUUGCUAUACAUAAAGGGGAUCUUUCUGUUUCUGGGAUGACUGCUACCGGUGAUAUUGUUUUGUCAAUGAAAUAUGCAGAUAAUCCAUUUUAUGUCGUCUACUUCAAUCCGGAAAGGAACACUCUCCAGAGUGUUGAAAUCCAAGGUGUUCCGGCCAAUCGUUAUUCCAAAGUUUACGCCUUUGUAGACUAUGUAGAAGAUCUUAGCGUUAACAAUGCAAUGCAACUCAAGCCACGCCUUUUAAAACUAGUCCAAAAUUUCGUUCCCAAGAGGCCAAAACCACGACGACGUCGGCGUAAAUCUCGCGACCUCUCCAAGUCUUCUCAAUCCGUGAAGAACAAGGAGCAGAACAUGUACGGAUUAUCAGCUAACCUUCUCUAUCGUUAUGCUGGCUUAGCUAUAUAUAUUUUUGUUUUAUUUAGUUUAUAUUUUUUGUUUUUUUUACGUCUUGUUUAGUACUAUCAUUCGACUGGCUUAUAGCUAAA